UGAAGAUGGAGUACCAGAACAUUUCUAACAGCUCUCUGUUUGCCCGUACCUCAGUGGAGGAGUUAGUAUCCAGCACUGUUCUGGGAUUGUGCUGUGCUCUGGGUGUACCAGGUAAUAUAGCGGUGCUGGUCAUGCUCACCCAACAUUUAAAGGAGGGCAGUUUUACUCCCAAACUGAUGCUGAGUCUGGCUGUCUCGGAUCUAUUGAGUCUGAUUUCUCUGCCUGUGUGGAUCUAUGCCCUCCUGAAUGGCUGGGUUUUUGGUGAGGAACUUUGUAAGUUAAUUUCCUAUGUAGUCUACUGUAGCCUCUACAGUAGUGUGCUUUCUGUCACCUUGUUGAGUGUGCAAAGGUACCUGCAGGUGCUGUAUCCACAGAGAUGGGCAAAACUUGGACAGAAGGGCCAAAAGGGGCUGAUAUUUGGGAUAUGGACAUUCAGUGGAGCUCUGGGUUCUUAUGCUCUUUAUUUCCGAAACGUGAAUCAGAAGGAGGACAGGUUUCCAGAGUGUCAUCAGGAUUAUAGAAAUAAUCAAGAAAAACUAGCUGUCUUACUUGUAGAGACUCUAUUGAUGUUUGUUGUGCCUCUCUUCAGCCUGUUGUUCUUCUACCUUCGACUUCAUCAACGGAUAAGUCAGUCAGUUUCCUUCAAUAGCCAAAGGCUGACAAAACUGGCCGUCAGAAUCGUAAUGGCCUUCUUCAUAUUCAGCACCCCCUGUAUGAUCAACAACUUUGUCUUAAUGGCAUUGUCAUGGGAAUCAGAUGUCAGCAAUAAUGUUACCGGGGCUCUUUUCUUCAUCAACAGUUGUGUGAACCCCUUUCUUUACGCCUUCUCAGCCCGAACACUGCAAUGCAGAAGAAAACAGCAUUCAGACGAGCAACAACAUCAGAAUAUAACAGAAAACACACUCUGACUAAAAACGUGCACUUCCAACGUGCAGUAUUUUAUGUUCUUUUUAAGUGAUUUGUUAUGCGUUUUUCUUUUUUUUAUCUUACUGUAUCUAGGGAAGUACAUACUAAGAGUUUCUUCAUACUCAUUUUCAUCAUAAUCAUUUCCUCAACAUGUCUCCUCAAUUUGAAAAAAAAUUUCCUUUUAAAAGUACAUUGAGCCCUACGUUUUACAGGCUUUUCUUACAGUGUUACUUGUGUACUAAUAUAGCUUAUACUUUGAACUUAACAUUGUGUAUAAAUAUUGGCUCUUAUAACCCAUUGUUCAAGAUUUCCUCAUUUCUAAAUGUUGUGACAUUUGUGGCAAAAAGUUUUGAAAAUGUACUUUCUUGCAAGAAAAAGGUCAUCAUUCAGGUUUGGCUAUUUCCUUUUAUCGCUCAGCUCAUGAAAAACUCAAGCAUACUGAUGAAGCAUCUAGCGCAGAAAAGUACACUGUUUGGUAGAGUAAAUCAAAUAAAGCUAAUAAUUCAGAUAAAAAU